ACAAACCAACUUUUUAAUAAACGACGACGUAUAACGUAAUGUAAUGUAAUGGCUAAUGCAUGCGAAUAGAGGGCGUUAUGGACUAGGGAGUGGAGAGAGCAGAAGCGGGUGGAGAGAAAGAGCAGUCAAAGAGAAGGAAUAGAGAGAGAGAGAGAGAGGAGAAGAAGAAGAAGAUGGGGGGAGGAAUGGAGGCGAACAAAAACAAGUUUAUAGAGGACUGGGGCAGUGCCCGUGAGAACCUCGAGCACAACUUCCGCUGGACUCGCCGCAACUUCGCCCUCGUCGGCAUCUUCGGUCUCGCCGUCCCCAUCCUCGUCUACAAGGGCAUCGUCCGUGAAUUCCAUAUGCAAGAUGAGGAUGCAGGCAGACCGUACAGGAAGUUUCUGUGAGACUUAAAAAAUGCUUGAUAAUAAUUGUGGAAGUAAUAGAGCUAGGUGCUCUAUUGGACCACACAAUCAUCCUUUUCAUAACAGGGAAUGUAUGCAUUUUCUUUGAAAACCUGUAGUAUGUUUUGUUCAGCUAGUGCUUGUUGGACUUUGUAUCGCCUUUGUUGUCACUUGUCAAGAAUACUAAAUCUUUAACGAUCAAGCUCUGUCUUUUCUGAUAUAUUCAUCAUGUUUCCCUUGGGGCC